AUGAGUAAAGAAAAUAAUUUACCUCAAAGAAUUAUCUUAAAUGUUGGCGGUAUCAAGUAUGAGACUUUACGUUCAACGUUGACCGCCUACCCAAAUACUUUACUUGGCACAAUGUUUGCGGAUCGAAACGAAACUCUUCUAAAACCUGAAAACGGCAACGAAUAUUUUUUCGAUCGCAAUGGCCGUGCCUUUCAUUACAUUAUGGAAUACUAUCGUACCGGCAAGCUUCUUUUCCCUACUCUAUCUGAUAACUUAACAAACAAUUUCUGGAUAACUAAAGAGGAAAUUCAAAAAGAACUGGAUUAUUUUCUUAUCGGUGGGCUAUUUGAACAGGAAUUUAAGGAAAUGCAUUUGACCUUAUCGAAACAUCUUAAUACGUUUGUUGCUUUGAUUGAAGAUUCAAUAUUGAAAAAUAUACGAAAAAUGGAAAAUAUAUCAUGUUUUGUAAUGUUUUUUAAGAUAAGCGAAGACCCAAAGAACGCUAACAAUACUUUGACGAAUUUUCCGUUUGAACACAAGAUCGCAUAUCAAUUGGCAAGCAAUUUUAGCACCGAAAUUUCGAAACAUUUGCAAGCAGUAUUCACGGGUUCAAAAGUUUAUUCGAAAUACGAAUUUGAUGGUCAAACAUCAUAUUACUGGACGUUUUGCAUAACUCUAAGUUAUAACCAAGCAUCCAUUUUGAACAAUUCUAAUCUCAAGGUAGAAUCCAACGAAGGAACUGCAGCAGCCAGUUGUAAGGGAACCAAGGAAGAAUCCGGAUUAUUUCGUCUUCUCAGAAGAAAUAAGAUUCCUCGGAAAAGAAUACAACUGCGAAGUAUGGAUAACAUUACUUAG